AUGUCUUCCCCGAAAGUUAAUACGUAUCAUUGCGCUUACUGUACGAAUCUUCUACUGGCAACCACGCAUACGAUUUCGACGCUUCCGAAGAGGAAGGGGACAGGAGAUGGGAGUUUUAUUUUGCCGAUUUCGGGAGUGGUGCCAGAGUUUGGAGGGGAGAAGGAGAGAGAUGGGGAUGCGAUGGAUGUCACUCGAGAUGAGAUAUCUGCGGAGGAUGGAGAGGGAAGGGAAGAGGAGAGGGAGAAUGGAAGACAGGGCGUGAAGGAUGGUGAUGAGGGGGAUUCGUUACCAAGUUAUGGGUAUACCAAUCUUCUUUCUCUUACGACACCCAACAAACAGGUGAUUAUACGGAAGGAAGAUGGGUUUGAGAAGAGAGGAGUAUGGAAAUGUGGACGGUGUGCGGUGGCGGUUGGGUAUGAGGUGUGGGCGGAGGGGAAUAGAGGUGGCAAGGGGAAAGAAGUUGAAGGGGAGGGGGAGGGGGAGGGGGAGGGGGCAUUCGAAGGGAAGAUUUUGUAUUUGUUGAGGGGAUCGUUGAUGAGUACGGCGGUUAUGAGGAGUGGGAAGAAGGUUUUGGAAGGGGAUGCUGAGGUUCUUGGGACGGGGGUGGGAGUUUGGGAGUGA